AGAUGCAGCCGCGUGUCUGUGACCAGCACGAUCGGGCGCGGGCUUGUGUGUGUGUGCCAUAUAUACAACAUUUACAUUAUACGGAAAGCACGUGGAGCGGAGGCGUAGUUUGGAUGCUGUUUAAUUGGCGCGUAAUUACGCACGGCUGCACGGUGACGCUCUUUAGGGAUUCCACCCACCGCGCGCUGCUUGGAACCGCGUGCGCGCCUGUGUGUGUGUGUGUGUGCUUUGGGCGUGGCUUCUCUCUGAAAUACUUUUUUCUCCUCUUUUUUUUUUCUUCUUCUUCCUCCACCACUUCAGUACACUCACUUCAGACACACUGGCCGCAGAGCUCCACAGCUAUACGCAUGCUGUUUAAACGCUCCACAGGUCUGCUGAUGUGAAAACAUCCAGAGAGAGACGAUGCACAGGUUUAUUAAGAUGGCUGCUUCCGCUGCUCACACUUGUGGAAUAUUCCUGGAUUACAGCAGAAAGACUUCUUUACUCCUCUGGGACUAGAAGCUGUGUGUGUUUUUCAGUGUUAUGUUCAGCCUGCCGGUUUUUUUUAGUCCUUCAACACACUUUGCUGAGAUGAAUCCGCUCUACAUCGUGAUUGAAGUAGUGAUUGCUGUUCUCUCUAUAUCCGGCAACAUACUGGUGUGCUGGGCUGUCGCGAUCAACACCACUUUGAAGAACGCCACUAACUACUUUCUGGUGUCUCUGGCUGUGGCUGACAUCCUGGUGGGUUGCCUCGCCAUCCCCUUUGCCAUCAUCAUCAGCACCGGCAUCUUUCUGGACUUCUACGGAUGCCUCUUCAUGGCCUGUUUUGUCUUGGUACUGACACAAAGCUCCAUCUUCAGCCUUCUUGCUAUUGCAAUUGACAGAUACCUGGCUGUCAAAAUCCCUCUGAGGUACAAGGAGUUGAUGACGGGAAAGACCGCCAGAGAGAUCAUCGCUAUUUUAUGGAUCCUCUCUUUUGUCAUUGGCCUCAUCCCCUUCUUCGGCUGGAACAAGAAGUACUCGAGCUGCAGCAACAACAGUUCCAAGGCGGACAACACUACAAACGCUACAAACGCUGGCCUCAUGGAGGGGCUGAGGAAUGGCGACCUACUACAGAGCUGCCACCUCAAGUGCUUCUUUGAGAGUGUGGUGGACAUGCACUACAUGGUCUACUUUAAUUUCUUUGUCUGCGUGCUGCCGCCGCUGCUCAUCAUGCUGGGCAUCUACCUGAAGAUCUUCACCGUGGCCAGGAAGCAGCUGAGACAGAUCGAGCUCAAGUGUGUGGGCAACGGGGACAGCCAUCACCACGGGCUGCUGCAGAAGGAGAUCCGGGCCGCCAAAUCCCUCUCCAUCAUCGUUGGACUGUUCGCAGUCUGCUGGCUGCCCGUCCACAUCCUCAACUGCCUCACGCUGUUUUACGAUAAGCUGGAGAAGUCAGAGGUUAUCAUGUAUAUUGGCAUCAUUCUGUCUCAUGCCAACUCCGCAGUGAACCCCAUCAUCUACGCUUACCGCAUCCAGGACUUCAGGAACACCUUCCGCAAGAUCCUGACCCAACACUUCCUGUGCCGCAGGGAGGAGCUGUACCACAGCUCCAACGGCAGCAGACGCAACAGAGACCAGAUCCACAUGACCAUCGACCCUCUGCUAUAGACAGAGUCGUGACUGAGGGGGGAGUAUUAUCGGCGUCAACUCUGUUGCUUCAGUCUUGAAUUUGAUGUUCACUGAGGUUUCUAAUGUUUACAGAACAAGGGUGUGAUAUGUGAAGAUGAACUGAUGUCAAACACGCCUUGAAUGUGGACAUUUAUUUAUGAAUCAGGGGUCAAGCAGUGAGAUGUUGAAUGGCGAGUCUUACAUAACCUUUGUAUUGUGAAGGAUUUCUGAUUUAAAAAAAAACAAAACAUGUUGAAGCUAACUGGAUUUGUAGGACUGUGUGAACAGGACCCAAACAAACUACAUUCUAUAAUGCUAUUUAUCAUUCUGAAUCCACCCUGUUUCCACUCCAAACGCUCCUCUGUUGCUCUAUUGUCAACGGUGUUUAUUCAUUUAUUUAUUACAAGACCUUAUCUUUGAGAAUGUAAAGAUCAAAAAACAGUGUGUGUCUAGAUCUGUACUUGUGAACCUAGAGAGGUACAAUGGUAGUAGUCUACAUCUGUGGUUAAUUUUGGCUCGUUGCCCUUUUUAAAAUUAAUUCAUACUCAU